ACCCCGCCCACCACCAAUUCGAAGAUGUCGCAAACAUCCCCCCCUUUCCCCUCUCUCUCUCUCUCUCUCUCUCUCUCUCUCGAAUUAGGGUUUUUGCGAUCCCAACUCCUCUCCUCACUCGUAUGCUAGGGCUCUAGAACGGGGGAGGGAGAAGGAGCUCACGAUGAGCGGCAAUGGCGGUGCCCUCACCUUCGCCUACUACGUCACCGGCCACGGAUUCGGCCACGCCACCCGCGUCGUCGAGGUAGUGCGGCAUCUGAUUGCCGCCGGUCAUGUAGUUCAUGUUGUAACGGGUUCUCCGGAUUACGUGUAUACGACUGAGAUUAAUUCACCCAAUCUCCAUCUUAGGAAGGUUUUGUUGGACUGUGGAGCUGUGCAAGCUGAUGCUUUGACUGUUGAUUGCCUUGCCUCUUUAGAGAAGUAUGCUCAAACUGCAAUGGUGCCUCGGGCUACUAUUAUGGCAACUGAAGUAGAGUGGCUGAAAUACAUUAAAGCUGACCUUGUGGUCUCUGAUGUUGUUCCGGUAGCAUGUCGAGCGGCAGCAGAUGCUGGAAUCCGAUCUGUUUGCGUCACAAACUUUAGUUGGGAUUUCAUAUAUGCAGAGUAUGUCAUGGCUGCCGGUCACCUGCAUCGUUCUACAGUGUGGCAGAUUGCUGAAGACUAUUCUCAUUGUGAGCUAGUUCUCCGGCUUCCAGGCUAUUGCCCAAUGCCUGCCUUCCGAGAUGUAAUUGAUGUUCCUUUGGUUGUGAGGAGAUUGCACAAAUCUCGACAAGAGGUGCGUGAAGAACUAGGAAUUGGAGAUGAUGUAAAGGUUCUUAUUUUCAAUUUUGGCGGACAGCCAGCUGGAUGGAAGCUGAAGCAAGAAUGGUUGCCUACUGGUUGGCUAUGUCUGGUCUGUGGAGCACCCGAUGACCAAGAGCUUCCUCCUAACUUUAUAAAGCUUCCAAGAGAUGUAUACACGCCUGAUGUAAUUGCUUCAUCUGAUUGCAUGCUUGGUAAAAUUGGGUAUGGCACAGUCAGUGAAGCUUUAGCAUAUAAGUUGCCUUUUGUUUUUGUACGGAGAGACUACUUCAAUGAAGAGCCUUUCUUGAGAAAUAUGCUUGAGUACCACCAGGGUGGUGUUGAGAUGAUCAGGAGGGAUUUACUUAGCGGACAGUGGAUGCCUUAUAUCGCACGUGCACUUACUCUUAAACCAUGCUAUGAUGGUGGCAUUAACGGUGGCGAAGUUGCUUCCAACAUUCUACAGGAUAUUGCUAAUGGAAAAUGUCAUGCAUCAACAAAGAGUGGGGUAAGGCGGUUGCAUGAUGCGAUCAUUCUUGGGUAUCAAUUGCAACGAGCCCCAGGAAGGGAAAUCAACAUACCAGAAUGGUAUUCUAUGGCUGAAAAUGAAGUGGGCCUUCACCUUGCACCGCCAAAUGUGGAAACAAAUGGGAGUGCAUACUCGGAAGAGUUAUGUAUUGAGAACUUUGAGAUUCUUCAUGGAGAACUGCAUGGCUUGUCGGAUACAGUAGCAUUUCUGAACAGCCUGUCGAAUCUCGCUAGUGAAGCUGAUCCAGGAAAAUAUACUGAGAAGCACAUGUUAAGGGACCAGGUCGCUGCAGCUGCGUUUUUCAACUGGGAGGAGGAAUUUUAUGUGACAAGAGCACCUGGAAGGUUGGACGUAAUGGGAGGGAUUGCGGACUAUUCUGGAAGCCUAGUUUUGCAGAUGCCUAUUGGAGAGGCGUGUCAUGUUGCUGUACAAAGAAAUCAUCCCACUAAGCAAAAACUAUGGAAGCACGUCCUCGCACGACAAACAAAAAAAGGGGAAGGAUAUUCUCCUGUUCUGCAAAUUGUAUCUUUAGGAUCUGACUUAAGUAACCGGGCACCGACCUUUGACAUGGACUUAUCAGAUAUGAUGAAUGGCGAGAAACCAAUAUCAUAUGAAGAGGCAUAUAAGUACUUUGCACAAGACCCAUCCCAGAGGUGGGCGGCAUAUGUUGCAGGGACAGUUAUUGUGUUGAUGUCUGAACUUGGUGUGCGCUUUCCUGACAGCAUCAGCAUACUUGUCUCUUCUGCUGUUCCAGAGGGAAAAGGAGUGUCCUCUUCUGCAGCAGUGGAGGUUGCAACCAUGUUUGCGCUUGCCGCUGCUCAUGGGCUAGAUAUUUCUCCAAGGGAUAUAGCAUUGCUCUGUCAAAAGGUUGAGAACUAUAUUGUUGGAGCUCCUUGUGGGGUGAUGGAUCAAAUGACUUCUGCUUGUGGAGAAGCUAAUAAGCUUCUUGCAAUGGUUUGCCAGCCCGCAGAGGUAAAGGAACUGGUUACAAUCCCUAGUCACAUUCGAUUUUGGGGUUUUGAUUCUGGGAUAAGGCACAGUGUUGGCGGGGCAGAUUAUGGAUCUGUGCGAGUCGGUACAUUCAUUGGGCGGAAGAUUAUUAAAUCUGCAGCACAGGCCGUGUUGUUUCAUUCAAUGGAUGGUGCCACCACUUCUCAUUAUGUGGAUGAGAUAAAUUCCGAUGAGUAUGAAGACCAUAGUGAUGAGCUACUCAAAACCGAAGUUUCUUUAGACUAUCUAUGCAACCUUUCAACACACAGAUAUGAAGCUGUCUAUGCAAAAAAGCUUCCACAGAGUAUACUUGGUAAUGUAUUCUUGGAGAAGUAUAUCGAUCAUGAAGAUAUGGUAACCACAAUCAAUCCCCAGCUUACUUAUGCAGUCAAGGCACCCACUAAACAUCCCAUUUAUGAAAAUUUCCGAGUUGAGGCCUUCAAGGCACUGCUAACUGCAGGAUCAACAGAUGAACAACUUCAUGCGCUUGGUGAACUUAUGUAUCAGUGUCAUUACAGCUACAAUGACUGUGGCCUUGGCUCAGAUGGGACAGACAGGCUUGUCGAAUUAGUGCAAGAAAUUCAGCAUAAAAAUUCCGCUCAAGGUGGAAAAGGCACUCUUUUUGGUGCAAAAAUUACUGGAGGUGGCUCAGGUGGCUCUGUGUGUGUUAUAGGAAGAAACUGUGUUAAAAGCAGUGAGCAAAUCCUUCAGAUUCAAGAGAGGUACAAAGCUGCUACCGGCUAUUUUCCCUAUGUCUUUGAGGGGUCAUCGCCUGGUGCUGGGACAUUUGGAUACCUAAAAUUGCGGCAUCAGCUCUAGAGAUAAGUAUCUGCAAAAUUAAUUGCGAUUGGACAGUUUGUUAGUUGUAAAUUACAUUUCUUGAAUGGUUACUUCUUUGAAGGAUCAUUAGUAGUUCAAGCUCAACAAUGGCUGUUAUCUUGAUGUGUGUGAAGAAACAACAAAUGUAGGGGAUUCAAUUUAAUAAAAUUUUCUUUCAUCCUUGACUGAAUAAA